AUGGCAACAACAAAUGAAAAUCAACAGAUUGAAUCAACGGUGGUGAGAAAACAAGGAGAGGAAGAAUCGAAGAAGAAGACCUCUCCUCCUCCUCCGCCGCCGCCGCCCGAGAAGCCGGAGCCAGGAGAUUGUUGUGGGAGUGGGUGUGUUAGAUGUGUUUGGGAUGUUUAUUAUGAGGAGCUUGAGGAAUAUGACAAGCUUUAUAAAUCUGAUUCUUCGAAAUCUUAG